AUGCCUUCCUCUUCAAGUACCGGCCUCCAACUGGCCGUUACCAUUUCGCAGCUGUGGAUGGGCAUUCAGGCGUUUUCUUCUUCGACGCCACAACAACGUCCCUUUGUCGAGUUGACCAAUCCCCUCAUCGACAUUCCCGACCGAUUACCGGCUUCCUUUGUGGCAAACUGGCCCACAUUUGUGUUGGAUGGUAGAAGUUGGACGCGGAUUCCCGACAGUCAUGGUUUCGUCCCUCCCCAUUCUCUGGAAGAGCUCUGGCAACCACAAGACUUGCAAUUGCCCACGUGUCGACUGGCCGUCGGGAUUCACGUGCGCAAUGGCGUCAUUCGACACAUUUUACCAGCCAUUGAUCUCACAUUGGCGGAAGAGCAUCGCAACCGGGGACUCAACAAACUGGAAUCCAUUGAAGCAUCCAUUCAUGCCGCCAUUGAGGCAUUGGCCGACAAUCCACCCGAGGAAUUGGGAGAUGGGUCCAAUGUCAUUCAUGUACUCACACCACCACCACCACCACAACAACAACAAACAGAUGAUGAUAACACCGUGGUGUGUCCUCGACCGGGGAGUGACCUGAGAGUCCUAUUGCGUCAAGAGGAUGGUACUACCGUGGGAGCCUUGCAAGUCAGUGUGGAAAAGACCGCUCCUGGCUCGGAAAGUGAGUAUCUGCCCGAUGUCUACAAGCCAUUGUUUCAAGACGAAGCGCUCCGACGUCCGGCAUUUGUUGAGUCGCGAAAACGAUUGGAACAAAGUCGAGCCUCCAAAGAGCAACGAGAGGCCAACCAACAAGUGGAUUAG